AUGUCUACUUUUACCGACACCAUUACUCUGCCCACUCACUCUACCGCAAGGACUGAGUUAAUUGGUCAUGGACCAGAAGGGACCUGCCCUCUUCUGGACGAGUUCGCCGGAAAGUGGGACAGCUUUAAAUUUGGCCCCAUUCGUGAAAGCGAGGUCUCCCGAGCAAUGACCAGGCGCUACUUCAAGGACCUGGAUACUUAUGCCGAAAGUGACAUUGUCAUUGUUGGCGCUGGUUCCUGUGGCCUGAGCACGGCUUAUGUCCUUGCCAAGGCCCGACCAGACCUUAAGAUCGCCCUCAUUGAAGCUUCCGUCUCCCCUGGUGGUGGUGCGUGGCUCGGUGGCCAGCUAUUUUCCGCAAUGGUCCUUCGUAAACCCGCCGACAAAUUCUUGGAUGACAUUGGCGUUCCCUAUGAGGACGAGCCCGCGAACCCAAACGUCGUUGUCAUCAAGCACGCCUCUCUUUUCACUUCAACACUACUCUCAAAAGUCCUUGCAUUCCCCAAUAUCAAGCUCUUCAAUGCAACUUGUGUCGAAGACUUGAUUACGCGUCCGGAGCCCAACGGCGGCCUCCGUAUCGCUGGGGUA